CCCAUCCCGAAACCGCCUGGUUCAAGGGCAAAGUUACCAGUUUAAUUCCGGCACAUCACUAGCGACUGAGAACCGGGAAGGGAGUUCGAUGGCAAAGAGGGACUGUGACCAUACGUGAGUCUCGGAGCUAGGACGGAAGGUCUGAACGGCUCGGGCAGGGAGGACCCUUGUCUCACACGCUAAUGGAGCGCACGUUUCUGUGACCUGGUGUCUUUAUAACCUGUUCGUCCGGGCGCUCGCGGCAAGAGGCUCGCUCCACGGACCCCGGCCAAGAUCUCCGGAGCGGCAGGAGGGCCACAGGCCACUGGGGGGACCGUCGCAGAGGGCGCAGCGGCGGGAACCCGGGGACCCCUGCCUAGGCGGCGGGCAAGCCGAAGAGAGGGGCAGGGGCUGUCCUUUUCCCCCACUCGCAGCCCAAAUUCUGGGCUCUCGGCCCGGAAGGGAACCGGCUCCUACACGCCGCCUGGAUCUCGACCGUCGCCUUGUGACUUGGGACAGCCAGGAGAACCCCAACUUGCCGCCCCCUGCCCGAGGGCCACAGGUCAAGGAGGUGGCCGCGGCGGGGCACUUUUCCCGGAUUCCUUGCGCGCACGGGUACGGACGCGGAAGCCGCCCGGGCCCCGAAGCUGCCCCUCACUCUCCACCCCGGAGCCGGCGCGCCUCUGGUCCGCAAGGGCAGCACCAGGCGGCGGCCAGCUCCGGCCAGUCCGCCCGGCCCUGCCCGCGCCCCGCGCCUCCCCGCACCGCCUCCUCUGUAAACACCGCGCGGCCCGCCCUCGCGCCCCGACGCGCAGGUGGGAGAGCGCGGGCCCGCUGGGUGCUGGCCAGGCCGCGGGCGGGGGCGGGGGCGGGCGCCGCGCUCUGCCGGGUGCCCACGGCCCGUGCUGCCCGCCGACUGCCGGCGCCGGCAGCGCGCUCGCAGGACCGAGCCUCAGAGCUGCUAAAACCAUCGAAGGGAACACACACAUCCCACCCACCUCGGGCAAGGGGCCUCUCCUGGCCAUGUCUCCUGCAGCUGCUGCCGAGCCAGACGGGGUCCAGGAAGACAGGCAUGUCAGCAAGCUCAUUUUCUUCCUUUUUGUCCUCGGUGCCAUCCUGCUGUGCGUGGGAGUCCUGCUCUCCAUCUUUGGGUUCCAGGCGUGCCAAUACGAAACCUUCCCAGACUGCAGCGUGGUGCUGAAGAUCGCCGGACCGGCGUGUGCCGUGGUUGGGCUGGGGGCUGUGAUCCUGGCCCGCUCGCGGGCACGACUUCAGCGAACUGAGGCGCGCCUGCGAGGCAACAACCAGGGGGACUCCGACCGACCCUUCCUCUGUGGGGAGAGCCGCCAGUUUGUCCAGUGCCUCAUCUUUGGGUUUCUGUUCCUGACGAGCGGCAUGCUCAUCAGCGUACUGGGCAUUUGGGUCCCUGGGUGUGGCUCAGACUGGAUGCAGGAACCGCUGAACGAGACAGACACGGCUGACUCGGAGCCCCAGAUCUGUGGCCUCCUGUCCCUGCAGGUCCUGGGGCCCUUGAUUGUGCUUGUGGGGUUGUCUUUCUUCGUGGUCGCCCACGUUAAGAAGAGAAACGAUUUGAAUGGGACCCAGGAUGCUUCUGAAAGUGAAGAGAGACAAACCCAGAGCCUGGAGCCUGUCCAGGUGACUGUAGGUGAUGCCGUAAUCAUAUUCCCACCCCCUCCACCACCUUACUUUCCUGAGUCUUCAGCUUCUGCAGCUACUCGGAGUCCUGGGGCUGACGGUUUGCUGCCAGAUGAACGCCCACCUUCAUAUUACAGUAUUUUUCACUCUGGGUCCCCAACUCCUGAGGGCCAAGGCGCGGCCUCUGAGAGAGAUUGUGAAUCGAUAUAUACGAUUUCUGGGACCGCUUCAUCCUCUGAGACCUCCCACACUCUCCACCUCUUGUCUGAUCUGCCUCCCAGAUACGAAGAAAAAGAAACUGCUGCUGCCACAUCCUUGCCUCCAUCUUCUGAGCCUUCCCUGCCAUGAACCAUGGACUCAUGUUCAAUUUUAUAUAGAAUCAAUCACUAUUUUAUUUAAUUUGUUUUCUAAUAAAAAAUACAGUAGCAUCA